GUGAAGAUGAAGGUACAUCCGUGUGUUCUGUCCAAAGCCGUUGCUAGCAUAGUCAGUGGAGCAUCAUUUAAACCUUUCAUUCAUCUCUACGCUCUCCAGCUGCUGCCAUAGCAACCGUAUACGACUAUCAGAAAACAAACUGCAGUGUUUGAAAUCCCUUCGACCUGGACGCUUAGAAGCAUUUCUACACUUAUUCUGACCGAUCAUGGGAGGUGAUAUCGAGACACCAGAGGGGCCACAGUCUGUGAGGACUCUGAAAGCACAUCUGGCAUAUCAGCCCCUCUUUCCCUGUGCAAGCAAAUACCUGCAGUACAGAUGGGACAAUGCUUCAUAUGCCUUACACAGGAGAAAGUUGAAGUCAACAGAACCCGUUUUAAACAUCACUCCAAUGAAGAUCUACUCUCAUCUUGGCCAGGGUUGGAAGAGACAACAGGAAUUGCUCCAUAUUGCCAAGGACAAUCAAAGGAUCUUGUUCUGUCUGAUCAACUGCAAGCCUACUUAUAAUCUAAGGAGCUGGGAGGAGGACUGGCGCAGACAUCUCAGGCUGACGGACAGCAUUGCGCGCUAUCCCAGAGGAUGGUCAAAUCAGCUAACGGGACCAGAAAGACCUACAGAGAAACCCAAUAGUUGUUGUAAAGACCAAAAGAUCAGUCCAAAAGCUGGAAAAAAGGAAAAGGAGCAAGAAAAUGGCAAGACAGAAGAACGAAGAGCAUUGCAACAGAAUAGAGCAAACCCUGCCCCAAAACUGGAUGAACUUAUGAAGUCCAUCUCACCUGAAUCACCCCAGCCCUUGACUCAAUCCACAGACACCAUUCAGGUUGCAACCAAUGCUGGCCCCCCUGCUGAUGUAUCCGACAUGUCCAACGCUCCCCAUACACCUGAAACACCCAAGCAGGAGACUGCAAGUCUUACAGUGGAAUAAAAUCUCCUGUUUUUCUCUGCAAAGUUAUGUUUUCUGCAUUAUAACAGCAAUGUCAUUGGCAAUUUAAGCUAUUCUGAAAAAGUAAUUUGUUGUUCCUGGAAAACUGGAAACUUAAAUGAGCUUAACUUA